AUGGCCUACCAUGACAGGCCAUGCCAUGCGCUGCUGCCAUGCUCGACCCUCGACGCCAUCCAUGAGUCCAUGCUCAUCUUCUCGCUCUAUCGCUCUUUGUGUACGGAAUAUCUUGCUGUGUAUCUCUACCGGCUGGGGGACUGCCGAGUGUAUCCUUCUUCGCCUUCGCCUUGCCCACUCACACCUCCUUCAGGCAUCUCCUCAAAAACAUCCGACUGGUCCAUCCGUCAGUCAGCCAGUUACAUAAUCGUCUUCUCUUUUUCAUGUCCAUCUCCAUCUCCAUCCUCAUCGUCGUCGCUACAUCUGACAGAAGGAAAAAUGCACUCGCUCAUGGAUGGGAUGGCUGAUGCUGACGCUGCUGCUGCUGAUGCCGAUGGCUCAGGUGAAAGGGGGACAGUCCGCCAAAAGAAAGAAAAGAAAGAAAGAAAGGCCAUCGCUUAA